AGACCCCGGGGUGAAGUCACCAUCACCAUGUCUGACCAGGAAGCAAAACCUUCAACUGAGGACUUGGGGGAUAAGAGGAAAGGAGAGUACAUUAAACUCAAAGUCAUUGGACAGGAUAGCAGUGAGAUUCAUUUCAAAGUGAAAAUGACGACACAUCUCAAGAAACUCAAAGAAUCAUACUGUCAAAGACAGGGCAUUCCAAUGAACUCACUCAGGUUUCUCUUUGAAGGUCAGAGAAUUGCUGAUAAUCACACUCCAAAAGAACUGGGAAUGGAGGAAGAAGAUGUGACUGAAGUUUAUCAGGAACAAACAGGGGGUCACUCAACGGUUUAGACAUUCUUUUCAUUUUUUUCUUUUCCCUUAAUUCUUUUUUAUUUUUAAAAAAUAGUUCUUUUGUAAUGUGGUGUUCAAAACAGAAUUGAAAAUUGGCACCCCACCUCUUUAAGACAUCUGGUAAUUUGAAUUCUAGUGCCCAUUAUUCACUAUUGUUUGUUUUCACUGAGCUGAUUUUUGGUGAUCAAACCUCAGCCCCCUUCAUAGUGCCCUCUCCUUUUUAAAAAUUACAUGUGUGCACAGAGAGGCCACCUUUUCCAGGAAUGCAUUUGCAGGCUUGUGAUAAAUGGGAUCAACUGAUUUGAGUGUUCAACUGACUUUCCAACUGGCCCUGAAGUUCUAGCAUGUGAUUGCUUCACUCCUGGACCAUGACUUUCAGUGGGAGAUGGAAGUUUUUCAGAGAACUGAACUGUGGAAAAAUGACCUUUCCUUAACUUGAAGCUACUUUUAAUAUUCGAGGGUCUGGACCAAAAGAAGAAGAGUAUCAAGUUGGAGUCAAAAAUGACAGAGAUCGUGAGAAUAAUGACUAACUCCAAAGAUGGCUUCAC